UUAUCUUUAAGCAAGAGAAAUGGCACAGGUUCCUGCUAUGUCCCCCACCCUACAACUAUGAGCCACCUCUUCCCUCCGUGGCUCGGGCAAGCACUCUCACCAAGCCACCUCUUCCCUCCGUGGCUCGGGCAAGCACUCUCACCAAGGUACCUCCAGCCAAAAAAAUAACCUUCUUCAAGAGUGGAGAUCCUCAGUUUGCAGGAGUCAAGAUGGCCAUCAACCAGCGAAGCUUCAAGAGCUUCAAUGCACUCAUGGAUGACCUCUCCCAUCGGGUCCCACUGCCGUUUGGGGUACGGACCAUCACCACCCCACGAGGAAUACAUUGCAUCAGUGAGCUGGACCAGCUGGAGGAUGGAGGAUGCUACCUGUGCUCUGACAAGAAGUAUGUGAAGCCCAUCAGCAUCACUUCCGGGGCACACAGGCCAGCGCCUCCGCGGAAUGGGCGACCCUCCAGUACCAUGAGAAGAGUAACUCAGGAGAGCAAGCUUGAAGAUUAUUCCACACCUUUCACUCACCACGGCCCCAGAAUACCCAAGAAAAUCACUCUGGUUAAGAACGGAGAAAGUGGGUUUCGGCGCUCCAUUAUCCUGAACCGCAGAAACGCACGGAGCUUCAAAACGCUCCUGGAUGAGAUCACAGAGAUCCUGCAGUUCCCAGUGAAGAAGCUCUACACUGCUGAUGGGAAGAAGAUUGACAGCAUGCAGGCUCUGCUGCACUGCCCCAAUGUGCUGGUGUGUGUCGGCCGAGAGCCAUUUAAACCUGUAUCCAUGGAGAAUUUGAGGAAACACUCUGUGGAGAAGCUGCCCAACCUGCCUCCCCGCUCCAACGGCAACAGUGGCAACGAAAACAAUGAAAUGAACUUUGGACUGAAAGCCAAAAAAAGUGUUAUCCAUCCACGGUCAGCAUCGAGCAAUAGGUCAAUGAGAUUUUCCUUGUCAUCAGAAAAGUCGUAUCCCAAUGGCCUUGCUGCCUCACCAGAUAACAGUGCACCUUUCUCCAAUGGCUGCUCUCAUGCCAAAGCUGGAGACCUGGUCCAUUCAUUGGUUAAUGAUGACAUAGAAAAGAGGGUACACGUCAACAAAGAUGGGAGCUUGUCCGUGGAGAUGAAAGUUCGCUUCCGCUUGCUGAAUGAUGAGACUUUGCAGUGGUCUACCCAGAUCAAGAAGUCCAACCUGAUGAACUGUCUGCCUUGUGAAGAAUCAGGUGUGGAGGAGGACAGUGGAUUAGAUCCCAUCCAGAAAAUGAACCCAGAAGCCAGCUCAGAGGCUGAUGACUCUUUAUAUCCCUGUGAUAUUGAUUCUUACAUGUCAAAACUUGAGGAAUCUGAAUGCGAUGAGGCUCACUGUCACAGCUGUGGAAAGAAACACCAGGACUAUGACAUUUGGAAAAACCCCAUGCACACAACCCAGAGGGAAGAGCCCAACGUUCGAAGCACCUGGCGCACAAGAUCAUCGUGCUCCAGCACAUCUUCCCGGAGGAGAGUAGUCCACAAAAAAAUGACGUCUGUGGAUAGUCUCCACACCACAUCUAGUGAGGAAUUCUCUGAGCACAUUGUGAGAGAGUCCUCAUCCUACUCAGAGACUAUACAGAACAGAAUGGCAUAUCGAUCCGUUAAAAAGUGUACGUGCCGCAGUGAUUUGUCUACAGGUGCUUCCAAUGGAGAAGACCAGCAGGAACACACUCGGACAAGCACAGGAAAUAGCCAGAGGCAUUCAUCCUUGGGUGCAAUGUCACAUUCAAGCUGUGAAAACAACCUGGAUACUCAAGAUGAUGUUGAUGACCAUGAGAUCAGCAAAAUCAUUUCACAAAAUGAAGAGGAAAAUUGUUUGGAAGCUUCAUCUGUGAAGUGCUUUAAGGAUGACGUGGAAGAGGUUGAAAGCAGCAGAGUUGGGAGCGUCAUGUCAAGGUCAUCUCUGCACUCCAGACAGAGCAAGAAGAAUGUAUGUGAGGAAACAAGUAGUGUGGGUAGGAGCAUGUCCUCCUCAAGCCUUCAAAAGGCAACUCAAGAAGAUAACACCCGGUCCUCCACCCCUGCCAACAGUGUGCACAGCAAGUCUAGUAAUUGUACCACACCAAAAGCAAAGAGUGAGCAGGAUGACCACUCUGAUGACAAUCCAGUUAUCUCCUCCUUCUCCAGUGAGUCCUGCCCUAAGAAAGAGGCUGAAGAGGUGGAAGCAGAGCAAGAAGAAAAUGAAGUCAAUGAAGUCAGCUCAGUGUCAGCAAACACAAAGCCUAGCCAAUCAGUUAGGGGGGAGAGCAGUGAAGGGGAACGAUGCUCUACACAAGGAAGCCACCAUGCCAGGGCUAGUGACAGGAACAGCAAGAAAAGUGACAGUGAUGAGAACAUUCCAUGCAAUGCCUCUUGCUCUUCCAGAGGAUCCAGAAAGAGCAAACGCAGCCACGUUCAUUUGGAUACACAGUCUGAAGUGUCUGUGUCUUCACUUGAAUCCACUCCAAAUAAAAAGAAGAGUUCCCUGCAUGCAGAUGAUGUGAGAUCAGGCAGCAGAACAUCUAAUUAUUCAAAAAGCUCAUGUGAAACCAAGAAAAAAUCUGUUGGAGGCCCCAUGUCUCAUCAAUCAGGAUCUCUUCACUCAUACAUUUCAUCUGCCAGUGAAGCAGAGGCAACUGCAGGUCCUGUUGAGGAGAAAAGCUCCAAAACUGCAACUGAAAUGAACGACCAGAAUAAUAAAGAGAUUGAUGAUUCUGGCAACAAAAAAGGAGAGGAAGAGGUAGAAGACACAGGCAUGCAGGAGGAAGAGAAGGAUUUAAUGCCAUCUGCUUUACCAAAUACAUCUCCAGAAGAAGUUGUGCAGGAAUGGCUCAGUAAAAUCCCUUCAGAAACGUUGCUUAUGAAAGAUGAAAUGCAGGAUGAUGGGGUGGAAGAAUGUACAGAGGCAACCACUGAAGUAUCACAGUGUACAAAUGCUGAGGAAACCCCAGAGGAUGAAAAAGUUGAGGAAAAGAAUGGGGAGGAGGCUGAAAAUGAAGUAAAGGAUGAAAUGGAAGAAGAGACAGCAGAAGACAUUGUCAUUAAUGAAGAGGCUGAAGAAUGUGUCAAUCAGGGAGAAAUCUCUGAGGUUGUGUCUGAAGCUGUCAAAGCUGAGCAGGCAGAAUGCAACCAGUCAGUUAUAUCCAGCCAAACCAACAACAGGAGAGACCUGCCAACCUCUGUCCAGACUUCUGUCCAGAUCAUGAAGGCCUUGCUCAGUUCCAAACAUGAGACCAAAUUUGACCGAUCAAACAGUUUGCCUGAAGUGUCCCCCACGAUGGGGAGGAAACUGAGUAACUCUGCCAACAUUUUGAUUACUUGUCUUGCCAGUCUCCAGCUCCUUGAUGAAGAGUCAGAAGAUCCAUCAGAUAACUCAAAAGCUUUGAGUAAGUCAAGGUAUACAGAGCUGCUAAACCUCUUUCAAGCCCUGUGGUUUGGAUGCACAGCUGAAAGGAGUGGUCCAAGUUCAGGUCAAGAGGCAAGUGAGCAGGCAAAGCCAACCAAACCUAUGGAUCAUACCUUCACUCACAUGUCCUCUUCUGGGGUUGAUGUUUGCAGUGGUUCUGGUGGCUCAGGAGAAGAGUGUACAGCUGGUGCCACUUUAGUAGCACAGAAAACUGUGGAAUUCAAAUCAGCUGAACAAGUGGAAAAUGCAGACACUGGGACUGAACUGACUGAGAUGGCUGAGGCUGAGGCUGAGGCUGAGGCUGAGGCUGAGGCUGAGGAGCAAAACAAAGAGGAAGAGCAGCCAUCCCACCCCUCAACUGCCUGCUCAAAGGCAAAAGGGGAGGAAAAAGCACAGUCUGCUAGAGAGGACUCUCUAGUUCAGGAGGAAGAGAAUGAGAAGGAUCAAUGCAGUAAUGGUGAACAUGGUCAGGAGGAAGGGGGAGAAAAUGAAACUGAAGAAACCAGCAAAUUAGCUGAAACUGGAGAACAAGAAGAAGUUGAAACUGGAGAACAAGAAGAAGCUGAAACUGGAGAACAAAAAGUUGAAGCUGUGAAUGAUGAACCCCCACAAGAAAAUCCUGAGGAGGAAGCUGCUCAGGCAGCCAUCACUGGUGUUACAAAUGCCAGUGACACUGACGGUGGGACAGAGCUGAAAGCUGAUUUGGAAGAGCACCUUGAAAAAGAGUCACCAGGUGAUCCAGAGCCCAAAGCCACAUCCACCCGUGCGGGUGCACCCCUUGUCCAGCAAAACUCUGUGGAUCCAGACCCAACGUGGGUCCUGCGGCUGCUCAAGAAAAUCGAGAAGGAGUUCAUGGCUCACUAUGUCAAUGCCAUGAAUGAGCUAAAAAUCAGGUGGAACCUGCAGGACAACCAGCAGAUGGAUGAAAUGAUACUGGAACUGAAGGAGGAAGUGAGUAAAAGGAUACAAAAAAGCAUAGAGAAGGAGCUGAGGAAGAUCAGAAGCAGAGCUGGGAGGAGGAUGCCAAGACCUCCAGAGGAGCCACUCACCCCUGAGUCAAAACUCCAAACUGAGCAGAGGAGAUGGAGAUUGCAAACUAUGCAUAAAAAGUCACUCUUUGGUGACAAGAAUGGCAACCAGAACAGGCUAGAGGACACUUUAGACUUAUCCCUCAAUCUAGAUACAGAUUUAGCACUUAGUGAAGCUUUGGAAGCCAGUUUGAGCAAACAAUCAAGUGAGGAGGAAUACUGCCCAUGUGACUCUUGUGUGAGAAAAAAACUGGCCUCCAAGCCCACAAGAGCCCCCGUGGUGGCCACCAAUGCCCCAGUCAUGAAAGCAUUUGAUUUGCAGCAAAUCCUGAGGGUGAAGAAAAAUGAUGUUGAGGAAACCUUGGUUGCAGAAGCAGCCCAGGACACCCAAGCACCUCUCAAUGGUUCUGUGGAAGAAGCAGCAGAAAAUGGUGAUGCAAAUGAUGAGGGUGAAGCCCAGGCAAAGGAAACAGAAAUGGAGAGCAAGGAAGAAAAGGAGAGACAAAAUG